CCAAAAACAGCUGAUUGUUGUUAUGGUAUCAUUUGCACGCUAAAAUGUUAAUUGUAAGGAACAUUAAUUUUUUAGCGAAAAUUGCUAAAAAUAAAGUUAAAACUUCCUGCUAUGUUCCACUAAUUGUGCGUGAGUUACGUAAUCAGCCAAGACAACGGUCAGAAAAACCCGUAUCACAGGAAGUUGAGUUGCAUGAUGGGCAAUUUACACAAUCAGCGCAAACUGAGCAGAUUGGACAAAACCGCAUUACGGAAGCAGUAAAUAAAUAUUUAAAAGAGGAAUUGAGACAGCUGGAAAAUCAGCAUGCAAUAGAUGAUGCUACGACAGACAAUAGUUCAGUUCAAAAAUCACGUUUGCCAACCAGCGAUGAGGGUUUUGAGAAUGAUGACCGAUCAUUGGCAGUUGGUGAAGCCAAAAAAGACUAUGUGCCCACCUUCAAUUUCGCUGCAUAUGUGGACAAAUCCCCUACGCUUCAGCAGUUUAUAAAACUCGGUGUAAAUUUACACAGUAUUGAAAAACGAAAAGGAUUGGCCAAAUUUCUACUCAGCUUAGAAUUUGACAAGGAUUGUAAACCACAUCUUUUUUUCUUACAAGAUCAAGGCGUACCAGCAGACGUUUUUGGCGAAUUCAUUACGAAAAAUCCCUUAUUCUUUAAAGUGGACAUAGAUAAUUUGCAAACGCGAGUUAAGUAUUUAGAAUCGAAAAAUUUUACGCCUGCUCAGCGGCAACGAAUUUUUACACGCAAUCCCUUCUGGUUAAUGUUCUCGACACAACGUAUUGAUCGGCGACUGGGACAUUUUCAAAAAGAAUUUCGACUGAGCGGUGAUGAUGUGCGCUUUUUGACGAGUAAACAACCUCGUUUGAUAACUUACAAUAUGGAUCAUAUACGCCAAUCGACAUUUUGUAUACGCGAAGAAAUGGGAUUCGAUGAUGAUGAAAUAAAAUGUUUGCUCUUGAACAAGCCUAAAUUAUGGAUGAUGAAAUCAGACGAGCUUGUUGAACGGUUUGCUUAUGCACAUCAAACGAUGCAGUUAUCCCAUGAUAUGUUAAUACAAUUUCCUGAAGUGCUCUCAUCACGCGAAUUUCGUUUACGCCAACGUCAUGAAUUCCUUGUUACACUUGGUCGCGCACAAUAUGACCCCGAAAAGGAUUUGUAUGUCUCUCCAAAAGAUUUAGUCAGUGGCAAUGAUUAUCAAUUCGUGCGACAUGUGGCCAAGAGCGAUCUGGAAACAUACGAACUUUUUCUCAAGACGAGAUAGUGGCAAUAUGUUAAAUAAAAAUACAUCUUUCAUUUCACCAUAAGAUUAGCAUACCAUAUACAUGUUAAACAUUAGGUAGUAGAAUAGGUGAUAAAAAUGUUGAGUGUAAAAUAAAAAUGCAACUGAAACGAUGAUAUGAUGAAA